GCGACAUUUCAACUUCAGCUUCCAAAUAGAACUGUGCAAGAGAAUUUUAGUCUGAUAAGAUUUAGUGAAUAAGUGCAACAAUUUUAUUUAUUUAUAACGUGUGAUAGAAAUUUGCGGAAAUCGUGGAGUUGUUCAGAAUGCAACAUCAUCCCGAACCGUCUUAUAUGCCGGAAGUGCCGUUUCAGCCUUUAUGGGGGCAGGAAGCGCCACCUCCGCCUCCAAUUGUGCCAUAUCAAGAAUUAAUCGCAGGCUUUCCCUGUACCGAUUUAGCUCUUUGGCAACGCUCACAAGUAAGCAAUUUGGUAAGUAAUCACCGAUCCACAAACAGUCGCAGCCAUAAUUCGGAAUCGACCAACGGAAGCCUAACGAAAAAAACACGUCGACGGGUGGCAUCGAUGGCUCAACGACGGGCGGCAAAUAUUCGCGAACGCCGUAGGAUGUUUAAUCUAAAUGAAGCGUUUGACAAAUUGCGACGAAAAGUACCAACAUUUGCUUACGAAAAGAGACUGUCACGCAUCGAAACUUUACGCCUAGCAAUCACAUACAUAGGAUUCAUGACCGAACUUUUGACUGGUGCCCCGAUGUCGACGCACAAACCGCGUUCGAACGAUCUUUAUGCGGGCAUGAAUGGCCACCAUCAUCCCGGCCCGAUCGGUCAUCACCAUCUUCAUCCGUCGGCAUUUCAAAGAGAUUUCGUAUCGCCCUAUAGUCACAGCUUAGGCUAAGUUGUUAAGCUAGCUUUAUAAAUAUAAGUGGAAAAAGAGCGAGGUGAAAAAUAGCUUAAUACUUCUGUUGAUAAAUGUACAUUGUUUUUAUUUUACAUAAGCAAUAAAUGAAGCAAACCAAA